AGCAUUAGGUGCUGAGAAGCCAUUAGACUGGAUCUUAGCAAGACUGAGAGGGUAAACAUCAUGAGGAGUCGCAGUAAUUCAGGAGUAAAGCUUGACAAUUAUGCAAGAAUGGUCCAUAAAACAAUUCUCUGUCACCAGAAUCCGGUAACAGGGUUACUACCAGGAAGUGCUGAUCUCCCACAUGCCUGGGUCCGAGACAAUGUGUACAGCAUCCUGUCUGUGUGGGGUAUGAGUCUGGCCUACAGGAAGAACGCAGACCGAGAUGAGGAUAAGGCCAAAGCUUAUGAAAUGGAGCAGACCGUAGUAAAGCUUAUGCGGAGCUUGCUGCAGUGUCUGAUGAGGCAGCUGGAGAAGGUGGAGAAGUUCAAGUACAGCAAGAGCACUGCAGACUGCCUGCAUGCCAAGUAUGACACAAGAACAUGUGCUACUGUGGUCGGCGAUCAAGAAUGGGGUCAUUUACAGGUGGACGCUACAUCCAUCUUUCUGCUGUUCCUGGCUCAAAUGACAGCUUCAGGGCUAAACAUUGUGUACACACGCGACGAGGUCGAUGUUGUCCAGAAUCUUAUGUUCUACAUUGAAACAGCAUACAAAGUAGCAGAUUUUGGAAUGUGGGAGCGAGGGGACAAGACAAAUCAAGGAAUCCCAGAAAUCAAUGCUAGUUCUAUCGGAAUGGCUAAGGCAGCCCUUGAGGCCUUGGAUGGAUUAAACCUUUUUGGUGCCAAAGGUGGGCCAGAGUCUGUUGUUCACGCUUUGGCUGAUGACAUACAGCGCUGCCAAUCGAUCCUCAGUUCCAUGCUGCCAAGAGCCUCUACUUCUAAAGAGGUGGAUGCUGGAGUCCUUUCCAUCAUCUCCUACCCAGCGUUUGCAGUUGAGGACAUUGACAUUGUUAACACUACUAAGGAGGAGAUCAUCUCAAGACUGCAGGGCAGAUACGGAUGCUGUCGUUUUCUUAGAGAUGGCCACAAAACCCCGAAAGAGGACCCAAAUCGUUUAUACUAUGAGUCAUCAGAGCUGAAGCUCUUUGAGAAUAUUGAGUGUGAAUGGCCGCUGUUUUGGACUUACCUCAUCCUUGAUGGAAUUUUUAUCAACAGCCCUGAGCAGGUACAGGAGUAUCGAGAUGCCUUAGAUGCAAUUCUGAUCAAAGGGAAAGAUGGAGUGCGUUUUGUUCCUGAGCUUUACAGUGUUCCUCUGGAUAAGGUGGAUGAAGAAUAUAUCAAUCCCCAUACUGUGGAACGAGUGCCACUGGGCAAUUGUCCAUUGAAAUGGGCCCAGUCUCUGUACAUAUUGGGUAAUCUGUUGGCAGAGGGUUUUCUAGCACCUGGAGAGAUAGACCCCCUUAACAGACGUUUGUCCACCAUACCCAAGCCUAAUGUUGUGGUUCAGGUGUCAAUUCUGGCAGAAACAGAGGGCAUUAAACAGCUUCUGCAAGACCAGGGCAUCGAAUCUCAGACCAUGGAGGACAUUCAUCCAAUCAGAGUUCAGCCUUCUAGAGUUCUUAGUCACAUCUAUGCCAGACUUGGACGUAAUCAGAGACUAGGUUUGACCGGGAGGCCAUACCGCAGUAUUGGUGUACUGGGGACAUCCAAAUUCUAUAUCAUACGCAACACCAUAUUUUCCUUUACACCCCAAUUUAUAGAUCAUCAACAUUUUUACCUGGCCCUGGAUAACAAAAUGAUUGUGGAAAUGCUCCGUACUGAUUUCUCCUACCUUUGUUCACACUGGAGGAUGACCGGAAGGCCUACUGUCACUUUUCCAAUCUCUCAAAGCAUGCUUACUAAUAAUGGCAAAGAAAUUGAUCCUGCAGUACUAGCUACUUUAAAAAAGCUGCAAGAUGGCUACUACGGUGGGGCAAGAGUGAAGACUGGGAAACUGGACUCAUUCCUGGAUACAUCCUGUUGCACUCACCUCACGUUUAUGGAUUGUGAGGUGGACGACUUGGCAGAGUAUCUCGAUCAGCUACUUGCCAUUCCCCAGCAGAGUCCCAUCCGCACUGCUAAAGGAGGACUCAACCGCUUUAGAGCUGCAGCGAAUAAAACUCGAGAGAUGCUCUCUUUGGUGCACAAAGCCAAAGUGCUGAACAUACAUAAUGUGAGUCUGUAUCUCCCAACGAAUUUGUUCCGUGACCCACCAGUGCUCCACCAUUCAACUAAAGAAAUUCAGGUCGAAGUUCCUGCUUCAGUGAAUCUACCCAGAGAUGUGCACGGUGGAAUUGAUUAUCUAGCCCUGGUGCAGAUGCUGAAACAAUCCCAAAACCUUCAAGAUCAGGCUGAUAUCCUGUACAUCUUUUAUAAGGACAAAGGUAUGGACUGGGAUACCAACCUGCAUGGAAAAGGCUGGACGGUAAAGCGACUCCUGAGUGACUUGUAUGAGAAAGCAGGCAGCCUGAGACACUGGGGACUUGUCCGGAUGGUCUGUGGCUUGCUCCGCAGGAAAGUGGAAGAACUAGAUGAGGCUUGCACAGAUUUGCUUGCUCAUCAGAAGCACUUGACAGUGGGUCUUCCUCCUGAGCCUCGAGAGAAAACCAUAUCAGCCCCCAUGCCUCCAGACAAGCUGGCCAGGCUUAUUGAUGAGGCGAGUGAGAAUAAUCUCACGAUUGCAAUCCUCACUCAGGAGAUUAUGGUGUAUCUGGCCAUGUGUAUUAGAACGCAGCCGAAACUUUUCAGUGAAAUGUUCCGGCUUCGCAUUGGCCUCAUUAUCCAGGUCAUGGCCACUGAACUGGCACAGUCACUCAGCUGCUCUGGUGAAGAGGCUACUGAAAGUCUGAUGAACUUGAGUCCAUUUGAACUGAAGAAUCUUCUCCUUCAGAUCCUCAGCGGCAAAGAGUUUCGAGUGCAGAGAAGUGUCCGCUCAGCUGGAACUGGAAUAAGUCCAGCCAUUUCUAUUCAAGACAAGAGCAAAUCCGGUUCUGCAAAAGGUCAAUUAAUAGCAAGCUCACAGCUCAAGCAUGACCUUAAACUGCCCUUAUCGGUGCAUUCCUUGGAUAUUGACAACAUCGAGUCAGGGAGGUAUAGACUUCCAUGCAUUGAGUCAUUUCAAGGGGCUUUGGGAGCUACAGUGCAGGGCAGCACACAAGGCCAGUGGCUUCGCCGUCGUCGAUUAGAUGGAGCUCUGAAUAGAGUGCCUAUUGGUUUCUACCAGAAGGUCUGGAAAAUCCUACAAAAGUGUCAUGGACUGUCUAUUGAAGGGUGUGUCCUUUCAUCAUCAAUUACAAAAGAGAUGACUCCCGGUGAGAUCAAGUUUGCUGUACGCGUGGAAAGUGUGCUGAACCGUGUCUCACAGCCUGAGUACAGGCAGCUGCUUGUGGAGGCAAUCCUAGUCCUGACCAUGCUGGCUGAAGUGGACAUCAAUAGCAUAGGAGACAUCAUUCAUGUGGAAAAGAUUGUGCACAUGGCCAGCGACAUGUUCUACAAAGAUCAGAAAGACUUGGGAGCAGAUGAUACACUUCUGGAAAGGGAUCAGUCCAACGGUAUCUGCAGGUUACUUUAUGACAGCUCACCCAGUGGCCGGUUUGGGAGCAUGACCUACCUGUCUAAAGCUGUAGCUGUGUAUGUUGAUGAAUUCUUGCCAACUGGGGCCUGCUCGCUUCAGUGACACACUCAGCCUGUGAUUUCAGUAUAUCACUGAAUAAAAUGAUUGAAAAACACAACACCCA